AUAAUCGUCUGCUAGCCAACAAGACGUCGUGAUAUUUCAUAAAGUAACAAUAGUCGUCAAUGUUUCAAGAUUUCUUAAUAAAUUUGAAUGAAAUUUAAAUAAAAACCAUCAUUAAAUACUUUAAUAGUAAUUAUGAAGACUCCACAAAUGAAUUUGAAGCAGUUCAUGACAAGCAGACAAGUUUUGAAGUUAUAUAGAGAUAUUUUAAGAACUGUGAAAUUAAUUCCAAAUGAAGCUGAUAGAGAAUAUAUGAAAAACUGGGCUCGAUCUGAUUUUAAAACUUAUAAAAAUAUUAGAGAUGACUUACAUAUAAAAGCAUUAAUUGCUCAUGGAGAAAAUUCGUUGCAAGAGCUUAGAAAGAACUUGGCUCGAGCACAAUAAGACAUUCAUGGGUACUGUAAAUAAAGGCAACAUAUUUAUAAUAAAUAAAAAAUUGUAUAUAUUCACAAACAACACUGCAUAUACCUAUAAUACACAACUGUACAUACUUAAAUAUUUAUAUAAUCUUCUAUCACAAUAAGUGACAAUUAUUUUUAUUUAGAAAACUUAAAACUUGAUCAAGUACAUAAGGAUUAAAUUAUAUCCAAGAAGAAAGCAAUGUGCUGUCCAUCAAAAUAAAAGCAAGGCACAACAUUUAUAAUUGCUAAACCAGAGGAAAAAACUGCAAUAUAUUUGCACAACAAUAUUAAGGCCUCUGGAAAAUUGGGGCUCAAGAAUGCAAAUC